AUGGGUCUUUUAACUGAAGGUAGACAAUUAUCAUGGGAAGAAAUAAAAUCCCAGAGAGAACAAAUUCGACAAUAUGGUGUUGACCAAUUCAUUUAUUUAUAUAAAAUCUUUGAAAAUAGGAAACAUGAUUGUUUUUCAUGGGGAGAUGAAGUUGAAUUCACACUUGUGCGAUUUGAUCAUGCAAAUAAAAAAGUACAACUAUUACUGAAAGCUCACGAACUGUUACCCACACUAAGCGAGAAAAACAAAGAAUUGAGUGAAAAUGAAUGUCAUAUUGUUUGGCAUCCAGAAGCGUGUAAUUAUGUUGUGGAAGGUGUUCCUGAGAAACCCUAUGGCUUUUUACCAAUACAUUUUAAUACGGUUGAAGCAAAUAUGAAAUUAAGACGACAACAAGUGCAAAACAUCCUUGACAAAGAUGAAUAUAUACUGAAUAUUUCAGCUUUUCCAAGGUUGGGUUCACCGGCAUUCACUUAUCCAAUUCUUAAAAAUGAUCCAUUAAAUUCCGUUGAAUUAUCAUUAUUUUUUCCUGAUGAUGUAAUGUCACCUGUUCAUCCACGAACGAGACAAUUGGCAAAAAAUUUGAUAGCAAGACGAAAAGCAAAAAUAUCUGUCAAUAUUCCAAUUUAUCCUGAUACAAAUACAACAAAACCAUUUCGUGAAGAUUUAUCUAUAUAUGGUGUUGAUUCAGCUGAUUAUACGGUAAAUUGUUUAGAUGAUCAUAUUCAUUUGGAUUCAUCAUCAUCUGGAUGGGGAUGUUCGUGUUUACAAGUGACAUUUCAAGCAGAAUGUUUGGAAGAAUGUGGAUUUCUAUACGAUCAACUGAUACCAUUAACACCAAUUAUGUUGGCAUUGAGUGCUGCUUGUCCAAUCUGGCGUGGAUAUUUAGCGGAUAUUGAUUGUCGUUGGAAAAUACUAUGCGAAAGUGCUGAUGAUCGAACAUUAGAAGAACAAGGAUUAAAACCGUUGAAAAAUGAUCGUUUUACAAUUAAAAAAUCUCGUUUUGCAUCAACAGAUUGUUACAUAUCGGAAUCAAGUUCAAAAUACAACGAUAUUAAAGUUGUUGUUGAUCAAAAGAUUUUUAAGAAACUUAUAUCAAAUGAUAUUGACGAAACAUUAGCGCAACAUAUUGCUCAUAUUUUUAUACGCGAUCCACUUGUAAUUCUUGAAGAACAAUUACAUCCAAAAGAGGGUGAAACAAAUACCUAUCAUUUCGAAGUAAGCAACACUGGCAUUUUAAUUCCUAACAGAGAUGCUAGUCUAACCACAACGUCUCGAGAGUAUAUGCGCGCUGAAUCUAGGCAAGGCAUUCAUCAUUAUACUUAUGAAUGAUGGUAGCUAGAGUUUUGCCGGUUUAGGUUUUUUCAGACCUGUACCCAUCGAGCCACAGUUGGCAUCCAGACGGAAAUUAGAUGAAAAAUCGAAGUUGCUCCUAAUUCAAAUACAAAUAGUGGAAAAUGUAGCCCUUUCAAAGGGCUAUCGAAUGGUAUAUAAAUGUCUGUUUUGAAAAUGGUUCCUACGACGAGAGAUCACGGUACACAAAACCGAUUGCGGAUAUCGUUACUACAUACGAAAUAAAGAUUCUUUGCUUACUCAAUUAUGUUACGCGAUUUCAAAGCAGAUAUUCAGAACCAGCACGUCUUCAGCUAUCUAUUGAUAACAAAAUAUUUCUAUUUCG